AUGAAAGGUUCACAUAGCUUUAAGAAAGAACAUGAUAAAUACCUCGGAUAUAAAAGGUUUCCUGUUAAUAGCGGAAAUUUAGAUAUCGAUAAUUUAAUUAAAGCAACAAGUAAAAAUAAUAUUCAAUAUAGGUUAGAGUGGAUCCUAUUUAAAGAUUUUUGCGAUGUCCAAGAAGUUUCAGAGGGCAGAUUUAGUAUUAUAUUCACUGCUAUAUGGAUAAAAGGAAGGGUUACGAGUUAUUAUGGAGGAAAACUUAAGCGGAAAGGUCGUAUGAAAAUUAUAUUAAAAGUCCUUAAGGAUUCUCAAAAUAUAAACUCGGCAUUUAUAAAGGAGGUAGUGUAA